AAGUGAAACUUAAAAUUAGUUGAGCUGCUGUGUGUUUGCGCCUCUUUAUAUUAAUUUAGUAAAAUGGCAGAAGCCAGAUUUUCUCAGGAUGAGUUCUUGUGUCCAGUGUGUCUGGAUCUCCUAAAGGAUCCGGUGGCUAUUCCCUGUGGACACAGUUAUUGUAAGAGCUGUAUUACAGGCUUCUGGAAUAAGGAGGAUGAGAAUAGAGUCUACAGCUGCCCUCAGUGCAGACAGACCUUCAGUCCAAGACCUGCUUUAGCUAAAAACACCAUGCUGGCUGAAGUGGUGGAGAAGCUCAAGAAGACUAAACCUCCUGUUGACUGUAACGCUGGAGCUGGAGAUGUGCAGUGUGACGCCUGUACUGGAACAAAGUACAAAGCCAUCAAGUCCUGUCUGCAGUGUCAGGAAUCUUACUGUCGAGCUCAUUUUCAGCGCCAUGAGGAGUUUCACUCUCGUAAACCACACAAAGUGAUUGAUGCAACUGGACGACUGCAGGACAUGAUCUGCCCAAAACACGAGAAAGAGCUGGAAGUCUACUGUAUCACUGACCAACAGUGCAUCUGUGAGCUGUGUAAGAAGUAUGAACAUAAAAACCACAAAACUGUAUCAGCUGCAGCCCAGAGGACAGAGAAACAGAAAGAGCUGAAGGAGACACUUGUACAGCUCCAGGAGAGACUCCAGCAGAGACAGAAAGAUCUACAGCAGCUGAGAGCGGCAGUGGAGUCUCAUAAGCGAUCUGCACAGACAGCAGUGGAGGACACUGAGAGGAUGUUUAUUGAGCUCAUUUGCUCCAUUGAGAAAAGACGCUCUGAGCUCACACAGAUGAUCAGAGAUCAAGAAAAGACUGCAGUGAGUCGAGCUGAAGGACACAUAGAGCAAUUGGAGCAGGAAAUUGAAGAUCUGAGGAGGAGAAACGCUGAGCUGGAGCAACUUUCACACUCACACCAUCACAUCCAUUUCCUGCAGAGGUUCCAGUCUCUCUCAGCUCCUCCUGAAUCUACAGAUGUUUCAUUCAGUUCUCUCUUGUGUUUUGAUGGCCUGAGAGAAUCUGUUUCUCAGCUAAAAGUCAAACUGGAAGAUUUUUGCAAAGAAGAGAUUGAGAAAUUCUCAGACAGAGUCACCAAAACUGUUCCCAAGACCAGGAACGACUUCCUACAAUAUUCCCACAAGCUCACUCUGGAUCUCAACACAGCACAUAAACUCCUCCAUCUGUCUGAGAAAAACAGAAUGAUUACUUGCACUGAGACAGAGCAGCCAUAUCCUGAUCAUCCAGACAGAUUUGACAGCUGGCGUCAGGUGUUGUGUAGAGAGAGUGUGUGUGGACGCUGUUACUGGGAGAUUGAGUGGAGUGGAAUUAAAGGUGUCUGUAUAUCAGUGUCUUAUAAGAGCAUCAGUAGGAAGGGAUUUAGUAAUGAGUGUGUGUUUGGGGGUAAUGAUCAGUCCUGGGGGUUGUUCUGUUCUACAUCCAGAUACUCAUUAUGGCACAAUAAGAAAAGGUCUGAUCUCUCUGUAAAGCCCAUUAGCCGUAGGAUAGGAGUCUAUGUGGAUGUAGGUGCAGGAACUCUGUCCUUCUACAGCAUCUUUGACACAAUGAGCCUCAUCCACACAGUUCAGACCACAUUCACACAGCCUCUCUACCCUGGGUUUACUGUUGAUCCUCGAUCAUCUGUAAAAAUGUGUUGAUGAAUCAGAAUAGAUUAGAGUGAUUCUAUUUAUAAUACACUGAGCUGAAUGAUGAAUCAGUAACAGAAAGAUGAUUCAGAGUGUACUAUUUUCUGUUACAUUAAUAAUACAGCUGAACUUUGAGUAAAAUACAAUAACACGUUUGACUAAAGAUGCUACGGUGGCGCAGUGGGUAGCACGAUCACCUCACAGCAAGAAGGUUGCUGGUACGAGCCUCAUCUGGAGCAGUUGGCAUUUCUGUGUGGAGUUUGCAUGUUCUCCCCAUGUCCGUGUGGGUUUCCUCCGGGUGCUCCUCGCAAUUCCAAAGACAUGCGGUACAGGUGAAUUAGGUAAGCUAAAUUGGCCGUAGUGUAUGUGAGUGUGUGGGUGUUUCCCAGUGAUGGGUUGUAGCUGGAAGGGCAUCCGCUGCGUAAAACAUGUGCUGGAAAAGUUGGCGGUUCAUUCCGCUGUGGCGACCCCUGAUCAAUAAAGGGACUAAGCCUUGAACUAACGGACUAAGAAAAUGAAUGAACAUCUGACCAACCUUGGUUUAACGUCUCAUUUGAAAGCAGGUGCUAAUUGAAAGUAUAAUGUUUCUGUCACUACACUGGAGCUUAAGGACUCUCAAUCAGGUUUGAGCAUCCCCUGCUGGCCUUAUUAACACCACUUCCAACAGCAACCUAGUUUUCAAAUGUGGUUUCCCAUCUAGCUACUAAUCAGGCUUAGCCCUGCUUAGCUUCAAUGACCAACUUGUCUUGGGCAACAGGGUAAUAUGGUUGUGAUAUAUGGAUGUGAUUCUGUGUUUUUCUCAAUAUUUUAUUUGCUUUGCAGUGAUUUAUUUUUUAUUAUGUAUAAAUGACUUAAUCAUUUUGAAUGAAUGCAUUUAUAUAGCGCUUUUAACGCAUGCUAUGCACCCACAGCCCUUCAUAUAAGGGAAUCAUCACUAUCAAAAGACCUUAAUGGUCUAUGAUUUGAUUUGUUUAAAAAAAGAUUAUUGAAAAGAUUAAAUGGAUUAGUUUGACUUAAAAAAUGCUUCAUUAUUACACUCAAUGGAUUGAAAUGGGUACAUAAUGCAGUAUAUGAUGUGGGAUUUAUCCAAAAUAUCUGCUUUGUUUUAACACGUGUUAGCAUGAUCUCCAAUUUUCUUAAUCAAAAAUGUUUCACUGAAUAGUUCUAAUAUGUACAUUUUUGAUAAAUGAGAUUUUGUACCUUUCAUGCAUCAAAGAACAGAAGGAAUCCAUUUAUAUGAAGUAUUGAAGCUGAAACAUUUGG